AUGUCUGUCCUCUGUCGCACACGCCGCCAAAAUCAGGAUUGUUUCGAUAACGACGACGCCGCCAUCAGCAAUAUGAUCGCCGAGAAGAAUUGUGUGCGCAAAACCUACGUCAACCGCCGUAUCGACGACAACAAAGCAGCCUUCUACCAUGGCCGCCGCCUUGUGCAACAGCGGCUCCGCGAGAUGCUGGACGCUUGGACAGGUCGCAAAGCUGAGGAGAUCCAAGGGUACGCGGACUGCAACGAAUUGAAGAACUUCUUCGCCGCGAUCAAGGCUGCCUACGGUCCCACAGCCAAAGGAACUGCUCCUCUUCUCAACACCAACGGAACCACUCUACUUACUGAGAAGACACAUUUUAAAGCGAUUGGUCGAGCACUACCGAGGCCUUCUCAACCGUGCUUCCACUAUCUUCUACGCCGCCAUCGCCCGUCUGCCUCAGGUGGAGACGGACGCCGAAAUCGACCUUCCACCCUCUCUCCUCGAAACCAUCAGUGCCGCGCAGCAUCUCUCCAGCGUGACAGUGCCCGGAUCGGACGCCAUGCCUGCUGAGAUCUACAAGAAGGGUGGCCGCCAACUCAUGGAUAAUCUGACGGCGCCCUUCCAGGAGAUGUGA